UAAAGGCCUCCAUUCCAAUUUCCUACCUCUCUGAGUUAUUUCAUUGAAGUGCACUCAACGGUCUCCAUUGAAGCGUUCUCCGUUGAAUCUAAUUCUUGUAUCCCCCGUUGAAGCAGCUUCUAACGGAUCAAUAAUUCAGGGUGACUCAUAGGAAUUACUUGAAAAUUAAAGGGAUUAAGCUCGUUAUUCACUGAUCCUGAUGUUGAGGUUAGCGGCGCGAUAUGUGUUGAAUCAUAGCUCACAGUUUGGGAGAGUUAGAUGUCAAGCCCCAAAAAUGUGGUUCAGUACAAUGGCCCAAGCUGAGAGCCAGGUGACAUCCGAUGAAAUUGGAAAGGAAAACAAUUAUGAUCAUAAUCUAUUUUUAGGACAGAAGAUUUCAAGGAAAGAGAAGAUGAAAUUUCUGACUAAGACACUUUUUGAUCUGGAAGACAGUAAAGAUGCAAUCUAUGGCACACUUGAUGCUUGGGUAGCAUGGGAGCAGAAUUUCCCGAUUGCUGCACUUAAAAAUGUGUUACUGGUUCUACAAAAGGAGCAACAAUGGCAUAGAGUAGUACAGGUUUUAAAAUGGAUGUUAAGCAAAGGGCAAGGCAACACAGUGGGAACAUACCAGCAGCUGAUACGGGCUUUGGAUAUGGACCACAGGGCUGAGGAAGCUCAUAAUAUCUGGAUGAAGAAGAUUGGUAAUAAUCUGCAUUCCGUGCCUUGGCCAGCAUGCCAUCUCAUGAUUUCAAUUUAUCAUCGGAACAAUAUGUUGGAGGGUCUUAUCAAGCUCUUUAAAAGAUUAGAGGCUUUUCAUCGUAAACCCCCAGAGAAGUCAAUAGUACAGAAGGUAGCAGACGCGUAUGAGUUGCUGGGCUUGGUGGAUGACAAAGAGAAGUUAUUGGAAAAGUACGCUGAUCUUCUGAACAAGACUCGUGAAGAGUCCAAAUUAAAAUCAAAUAGAGUGAAAACCGGAAAGAAGAAAACUUUAACAGGACGUAAGAGUAGUCUUGCCAAUGGUGCAAAAGCAUGAAUCAAGUACCCGACGCCUUACCCCUUGCAGUUAAGCUCUUUCUGUUUUUGAAUGUAGAAGGGAUUGAUGAGCUUUGUGCUGAUAUAUAAUUAUUGGUUCAGAUGUGUAUAUUGAAAGUCAGCCAAGUUUGCUGUUUGCAGCUAUUUUCCGGUUACACUCAUAUUCAGAUAUAUUUCUUGCAUAAGUUACCUUGUUACGAGAACAGUGUGGAAGAACCUCCACAGGCUACUGGUACAAUGAGGAAAGCUCUGGAAGCCAUGACCUGUGAAAAUUUUGAGCAAGAUUACAUCCUUUGUCCCAAAAUAAGAAGUUGUUCCAAACUAAUACGAAGUCUAUCAGUUGCUAAACUUAGGAAGCUAUCUAAAAUUGCCGAGGAUGUUUGUUCGAAACUGUUUUUUUUAAGGAAACGAGAAUGAUUCAUUAUUUAGGCUA